GGUUUCAUUUAGCUGAGCAUUGGAUUUGAAGCUUCCAAAUGGGAACUCCAGUUAACAUCAUUGUAGGCUCUCAUGUUUGGAUUGAAGACUCCGAUGUGGCUUGGAUUGAUGGUCUGGUUGAAAAGAUCAAUGGACAAGAUGUUGAGAUCACCGCAAAGUUGUCAAAGAUAUACCCAAAAGAUAUGGAAGCACCUGCUGGUGGAGUUGAUGACAUGACAAAGCUAUCUUACUUGCACGAGCCUGGUGUUCUUCAGAACUUAAAGAUCAGAUAUGAACUUAAUGAGAUUUAUACAUACACCGGAAAUAUCCUUAUCGCUAUUAAUCCUUUUCAACGACUGCCGCACAUUUAUGAUGCCCAUAUGAUGCAACAGUAUAAGGGAGCACCAUUUGGAGAAUUAAGUCCUCAUGUUUUUGCAGUUGCUGAUGUUGCAUACAGGGCAAUGAUCAACGAGGGAAAAAGCAAUUCUAUUCUUGUAAGUGGUGAGAGUGGAGCAGGAAAAACUGAAACCACGAAGAUGCUUAUGAGAUACCUUGCUUAUCUUGGAGGUCGUGCUGUCACAGAAGGCCGUACAGUUGAACAACAAGUUCUUGAAUCAAAUCCUGUCCUUGAGGCCUUUGGUAAUGCCAAAACUGUCAGGAAUAACAAUUCCAGUCGGUUUGGUAAAUUUGUUGAAAUCCAAUUUGAUAAGCAAGGAAGAAUAUCUGGAGCUGCAGUAAGGACAUAUCUACUAGAGAGGUCUCGUGUUUGUCAGAUUUCUGAUCCCGAGCGCAACUACCACUGUUUUUAUCUUCUAUGUGCUGCACCACAGGAGGAGAUCGAAAAAUACAAGUUGGGUCACCCGAAGACGUUUCAUUAUCUGAACCAGUCGAAAUGCUUCGAACUUGUUGGUAUAAGUGAUGCUCAUGAUUAUAUUGCGACAAGAAGAGCAAUGGAUAUUGUCGGGAUGAGCGAAAAGGAACAGGAAGCAAUUUUCAGAGUGGUUGCUGCAAUUCUGCACAUUGGCAACAUUGAAUUUACCAAGGGAAAAGAAGUGGAUUCAUCAGUCCCCAAAGAUGACAAGUCGAAAUUUCAUCUUAACACAGUGGCAGAACUUCUCAUGUGCGAUGUAAAGGCGCUUGAAGAUGCACUGUGUAAACGUGUUAUGGUCACACCUGAGGAAGUUAUCAAGAGAAGUCUAGAUCCACAGAGUGCUUUAAUCAGCAGAGAUGGUCUAGCUAAGACUAUCUAUUCUAGAUUAUUCGAUUGGUUGGUAGAAAAGAUCAACGUCUCAAUUGGCCAAGAUGCAAAUUCUAAAUCACUCAUUGGAGUCCUCGAUAUAUACGGUUUCGAGAGCUUUAAAACAAAUAGUUUUGAACAGUUCUGUAUUAAUUUCACAAAUGAGAAGUUGCAGCAACAUUUCAAUCAGCACGUUUUCAAGAUGGAACAGGAGGAAUACACAAAAGAAGCAAUAGAUUGGAGCUACAUUGAAUUUGUGGACAAUCAAGAUGUUCUUGAUCUUAUUGAAAAGAAACCUGGUGGAAUCGUGGCACUCCUUGAUGAAGCUUGCAUGUUUCCGAAGUCGACCCAUGAAACAUUUGCCAACAAGCUUUAUCAAACUUUUAAGACCCACAAGAGGUUCAUCAAGCCAAAACUCUCUCGAACAGAUUUUGCAGUUGCCCAUUAUGCUGGAGAAGUCCAGUAUCAGUCUGAUCUAUUUCUGGACAAAAACAAGGAUUAUGUUAUCCCUGAACAUCAAGAUUUGUUGGGUGCUUCCAAAUGUCCUUUUGUUGUGGGCCUCUUUCCUCCGCUCCCGGAAGAAACAUCGAAAUCUUCAAAGUUUUCAUCCAUUGGCUCUCGCUUUAAGAUGCAACUCCAGCAACUGAUGGAAACAUUAAACUCUACCGAGCCUCACUACAUCAGAUGUGUGAAGCCCAAUAACCUUUUGAAGCCUGCCGUAUUUGAGAAUGUCAACAUCAUGCAGCAACUCCGGUGUGGUGGUGUUUUGGAAGCGAUCAGAAUCAGUUGUGCGGGGUAUCCCACUCGUAAACCUUUCUUUGAGUUCAUUAACCGUUUUGGACUUCUAUAUCCUCGAGCUCUAGAAGGGAACUACGAGGAGAAGGCUGCAUCGCAAAAGAUCUUGGACAAUAUUGGACUCAAAGGAUACCAGGUUGGUAAAACUAAGGUAUUUUUAAGGGCGGGCCAGAUGGCUGAACUCGACGCGAGAAGAACUCUGGUUCUUAGUGCUGCUGCCAAAAAAAUUCAGAGACGAAUACGGACUCAUCAGGCCCAAAAACGGUUCAUUUUACUAAGAAAAGCCACCAUAUCUCUCCAAGCUUUAUGCAGAGGAAGACUUUCAUCCAAACUUUACGAGAACUUGAGAAGACAAGCUGCUGCUGUGAAGAUUCAGAAGAAUGCUCGGAGAUUACAUUCUAGAAAAUCAUACAAAAACCUCCAUGUAGCGGCGCUUGUUGUACAAACAGGUUUAAGAGCAAUGGCUGCUCAUAAACAAUUCAGAUUCAGGAAGCAAACAAAGGCUGCUACAACUAUUCAGGCUCAGUUGCGGUGUCACAGAGCAACCAUGUACUACAAGAAGCUUAAGAAAGGAGUGAUCCUGUCUCAGACACGAUGGAGAGGCAAACUUGCAAGGAGAGAACUUCGACAGCUCAAAAUGGCUUCGAGGGAAACAGGCGCACUGAAAGAGGCAAAGGAUAUGCUUGAAAAGAAAGUCGAAGAACUCACAUACCGUGCACAGUUGGAGAAACGCUCAAGGGUUGACCUGGAAGAAGAAAAGAAUCAGGAGAUAAAGAAACUGCAGAGUUCAUUAGAGGAAAUGCGGAAGAAAGUAGAUGAAACAAAUGUGCUUCUUGUUAAGGAACGUGAAGCUGCUAAGAAGGCCAUUGAAGAAGCGCCUCCUGUCGUGACAGAAACGCAAGUCUUGGUUGAAGAUACCCAAAAGAUUGAAGCAUUGACAGAAGAAGUGGAGGGUCUUAAGGCUAAUCUUGAACACGAGAAACAAAGGGCCGAUGAUGCAGCAAGGAAAUUUGAUGAAGCUCAAGAGUCUAACGAGGACAGAAAGAAAAAGUUGGAAGAAACAGAGAAAAAAGCUCAGCAGCUCCAAGAGUCUGUGACAAGGUUGGAGGAAAAAUGUAACAAUUUAGAAUCAGAGAAUAAAGUGUUACGACAACAAGCUGUGUCCAUUGCACCAAAUAAGUUUCUCUCUGGCCGGUCCAGGUCGAUUUUACAGAGAGGUUCAGAGAGUGGUCAUCUAUCAGUUGAUGCAAGGCCAAGUUUGGAUCUGCAUAGCCAUUCAAUUAACCGUAGGGAUCUCUCUGAAGUGGACGAUAAGCCACAGAAAUCACUAAACGAGAAGCAGCAAGAAAACCAAGAGCUGCUUAUUCGUUGCAUUGUUCAACACUUGGGUUUCCAAGGGAAACGACCUGUUACAGCAUGUAUCAUAUACAAAUGCUUAUUGCAAUGGCGGUCAUUUGAAGUUGAAAGAACUAGUGUCUUUGAUAGGAUCAUUCAGACAAUAGGACAAGCAAUUGAGACGCAAGAUAACAACAAUAUACUAGCAUACUGGUUAUCCAAUGCCUCAACAUUGCUUUUACUCCUCCAACGCACGCUUAAAGCUAGUGGAGCAGCAGGAAUGGCUCCACAGCGCCGUCGCUCAUCUUCUGCCACUCUCUUUGGGAGGAUGACUCAGAGCUUUCGUGGCACACCUCAAGGUGUGAAUCUUGCCAUGAUAAAUGGUGGAGUGGAUACCUUAAGGCAAGUUGAGGCGAAAUACCCAGCUCUACUCUUCAAGCAACAGCUAACAGCUUAUGUUGAGAAAAUAUACGGAAUGAUUCGUGAUAACUUGAAGAAAGAGAUUUCUCCACUCCUUGGAUUGUGCAUUCAGGCACCAAGAACAUCAAGAGCAAGUUUAGUGAAAGGGGCAUCUCGUUCUGUUGGCAACACCGCAGCACAGCAAGCAUUGAUCGCCCAUUGGCAAGGAAUUGUCAAGAGCCUUACGAACUUCCUCAACAAUCUGAAAUCGAACCACGUUCCUCCAUUCUUGGUCCGGAAGGUGUUCACGCAGAUCUUCUCAUUCAUCAAUGUUCAACUGUUUAAUAGUCUUUUGUUAAGACGGGAGUGUUGUUCAUUUAGCAAUGGGGAAUACGUAAAAGCAGGAUUAGCUGAAUUGGAGCACUGGUGUUACAAUGCAACAGAUGAAUAUGCGGGUUCUUCUUGGGAUGAGCUGAAGCAUAUCAGACAGGCCAUCGGGUUUCUGGUCAUUCACCAAAAACCGAAAAAAACCUUGGACGAGAUAAGUCAUGAGCUGUGUCCGGUGCUCAGCAUUCAACAACUAUACCGAAUAAGUACGAUGUAUUGGGACGACAAGUACGGAACUCACAGUGUAUCCCCAGACGUGAUAGCAAAUAUGAGAGUACUAAUGACAGAAGAUUCAAACAAUGCUGUUAGCAACUCUUUUCUCUUGGAUGACGAUUCGAGCAUUCCUUUCUCGGUUGAUGAUUUGUCGAAAUCGAUGGAGCGGAUAGAGAUCGGAGAUGUAGAACCACCGCCUCUCAUCCGAGAGAAUUCUGGUUUUAGCUUUCUAUUGCCAUGUUCUGACUAAUAAAAGAUAAAUUGGUUCAAUAAGUUUACACCACCACUGUGUAGUUGUAAUAAUCCUUCUCUUUUGAAUAGAGGUGUCAAUAAGUU